AUGGGCAACAUCCAGUGUUGUGUGCUUCCUUCGCCACACGGCGGGCAUUUGACCAAAAAUGAGCCGUAUGACAGGACAGGCCUUGCAAACGAAUCCUUCGAACUACCUCACAUUAGUGACCGAGAAGGUACCACCAAUGUUUUUUCAAAGCUAAUCGGCUUGCUCUGUACGUGAUCCGAGUGACUGGUGCAUGCUAACAGAAAGCGAAUUGGAUUAAACAUAUUGUUGGCUUACUUUCUCUAUUUUCGCCACAGAUCUUUCAAAUCACAAGGGGACACUCUUCCUACACAGAUCUCAAUCUAAUCCAGGUAAGAUAAAGCAACAACACUAAGUUGGAAGAUGUUAUAUUUUGGUAAGCUGCUCCAUCACAUUGUAGUCACAUGUACUAGAAGACUUCUAAAGGCAGCUAGAUCAGGCUUGGAGAUCUAUGAGCUUGCUUCUUUCAUCUCCACGAACCGUUUACAGGUAUUGGAUCGAACGAUGAAAAGGAAGCUUAUUUCCUUAAGCGCUCCUUAACUUUUACGCAACAUGACAUAGGCAAGAAUCAUCCCACUUUGCUUUGUUGAUCUGUUUUGGGUACAAUAUCGGCAACAUUUUUAUUUUAAGAUCGCUGUAAGUACGGUAAAUUUUAUCAUUUGCCUCGUUUCUUAUCUAGUCCAAAUCUUCAUACUAAUGGAACCGAAUAACUUUACUUAUAAUUUCUGUUUUCCCUGAUCUGAUUGUAGACCAAGAUUGGUCCAUUUUGACCUUGAAUUGAUCCAGCUCCCAGUAAUAAAUUGACAAUGUAAUUUUAAACGGGGUAUUAAAUUCCAUAUUGAGUACUUUUGAAAUUUUUAAAUUUACCAAUUAGAGAAGCCCUUGACUUGUACAAGGAGCUUAAAAUGUUUAUAAGAUAUUGUCUUUUUAUUUCUUAAAAUUGUGGCAAAAAAAACAAAAGGACACAACAUUACAAGGUGAAUAAACCUGUAACAAGAAUAUGUUACUUGUAACUUUUUGGUGCCAUGUUCUAAACUUCUUGCCAGAUUCUAAAUAAGGCUUUUCUUUCAUGUGUACAUACAACAAAUAGUUGCUUAUAUUGUUACAUUAUUCUAUUUUUAAGGUAAUUGAAAUGAAUCAACAUUAUCACAAUAUUACGGUCAGAUUUGGUUUUUGCAUGAUUCUUAUAAUCGUAACAGAACUGAAGUCCAAUUCAGUCUUUAACCGUACAAGCAGUUAAGCAGAAUGAGACCAACCCUUAGCAGGAGUCUGUCUCUAAGAAUAUGACAACAUGAAGUUCUGUUACAAACUACAGGCAGAGCUCGAAAUAACGGCUCGUCAACAAACAAUGUCUGGACUGAUUGGGGAGUUGACCGCAGAACCUUUCAUCUUGCCGGUCAUGUUGACCAUGCUGUUCAGUUGUUUCCGUUGUUAUCAGUAAUGUAGUGAGUCGCUGUGUACUGUGGAACUUUGAUCUGAAAUCUUGGGUGAAAUGCAACUAGAACUGUUGUUUACAAUUAUUUUGCGGAAUGAAACAGACAUUGGGGUUCAUGCACUUCCGGUUACAAAUUUAAAAAUAUUUUCACCUUUAUUAGAUAAGCAAAUAAUUUUUAAUUUUUGGAAAUACAUAAUGCCAGGUUUGGUUCAUGGACCCUUGUUUUAAGAGUUAUUUAUCUUAUAAAAUUGUCCAGCCAGAAACAAUACAUGACCAAGCUAAAAUGAAUUUGGCCAUUGGGGCCAGAGACUCUCCGGAAAAUAUUUCGAGCCCCGUACAGGGUUCAAAUAGUCUCACUGGUAGUCCGGCAAGUAAGCUUGCUCGUCCAAUCAGUAUGAGUCCAGGCUGGUCAUCCGCCACCUGAAUCAUUGACUAAACUAGUAAUAACAAAAGGUUACCGAGUGCUGGCGACAACAAUCGAAGGUCAAAACGCUUUUGCUUCAACGUUUCACAUGAUAGAUGGUCAAGAUUACGAGUGAUAUAAGGUCCAAAUGCGAGUGAUCGAAUGUCGUUCUGCGCAUUCCAUUCAUUCUUAGUGGAAGUGCAAACGAAUACUGGCUACAUACAUGCAAUGCAUGCUUAAUAACAACCUGGAGAUUAGGAUUGUGGGCUCCUCUUGUCGCCCGCAAUUAAGCUGGUGUUAACUAGUUACGGGUACACCAGGCAAGCCAAAUGUGAGAGCUGCUUGCGCAAUGGACGUAGUGGAAUUUUUUUAGCCCUGCAACUUAUAACAACUGGGAAAAAAUUUGAGAUAAUAAAAUAAAAUUUAAAAGUUUAAACUUUAGGCUAAUCUGAAAAGCCAGAUCUCCUAAGAGGUUCUUGCUAGACAUGAAAAAAAAAAGCAACAACCCAUUCUAGUAGAACUGACCUAUGAAAAUGCCCUUGAUGGCUUGUACAGUCCAUUUACUGAAGCAUGAAACAUACUCUCCUAUUCAUUGUCCUAUUAAUUCUGAAAUUGCUUCUGUCAAUUAACUUAUAAUUCUACUAGAACUAACAGGUAAAAAUAGGAACCCCAAGUGUUGAUUAUAAUAACAGUUGCAUGUGCAAAAUUUUAACCAAAUUUAAUAGUAAUGAUUUCCCUCUAUACUUAAGGAACCCAGCAUGAUUCAUGUUUUCUUAUGUCAUAAAUUUUUCUUUGAUAUGUUCUGUCAUGUAAUUGGAAGAUAGUUCCAGUCUUCAGAGGUUAUACAUCGCUUUAUUGCUACAGCUCGGUCUCAUAUAGCCUAAAGAUGACCACACUCAUCAGGCAGUUUUAGCGAGUGACCAUUAAUUUUACAUGCUAACAAUAUAUACUGCAUUGCCAAAUUACCAUUGACUUUGAAUUGGCGAUGAUACAAAUGCUGCUACGUAGCGCAUGCGGUUUCAUUAUGCUGCGUUACGUUUUUCUAAAAUUUCUAAGAGUGAAACUAUUUCUGUCAGGGCAUGAACUUGCUAAUUCGUUUCUUUUGUUCAGAGUACAUAAGUGUUUUUUACAAAUGAUAAAAAAUAUUUCUUGGAGGCAUGCACAGUUUACAUUUUUAAUGUUAAUUUUAAUGUUGUUGUUAUUCUCAGUGUGUGAAAUGGGCUGUUGUUUUAUAUAUGCAAAUUAAUUAAUUUUCUGAUCAAAUGGUGUCACCAUAAACUGCUAAACUGCUGCUUAUAUGCCCCUUCCCAAUUAUCUGAUCAUACUGUAAGCCCCCCCCCCCCCCCCCGACAUAACCUUUCUCUUAAAUUCGAUUAAUUAUGCCAUAUUGAAGCUUAUGUAAAAACAAGUAAGUUCAAAAUAUACUUUGAUCAGUUCUGCUGUAGCUUGUUUCAAAGCACUUUUUCUAUUCUGGUUGUAAGCCCCUCUGUUUAUGUAACACUCCUAAAUCUAAAACAAACUUAAAACUAUUUUUCAUUCAAAGAAUAUUCCCUUUGAUUUUUAUUCUUAACAUUUUUCUAGUAUUUUAAAGUGUACAAUAUCUAUAAUAUGUCACCUAGGCUAGAGAUUUUUCUUAUUUUCCUUCUUUUUCUUAUACAUGUAAAACGCAUUGAGGAAUGGAAAUGUGCUCAAUAAGAACGUAUAUAUUAUUAUUAUAUUAUUAUUAUCCCCCUAUGAAGAUGUAUAAUCCCAGAGUUUAUGAGCAGCAGUUUACAGUAUUCCCUAAAAGCAUGAUAUUCAGAGCUGGUCUUGAACCGGUUUUAAACAAGAUUUCUUGUCCUUCAGGUAACAAUGGAACUUUUCCAGGAAGACGGACAAUGUCCACUGGAAGUGAAAAGAGAAAUGGUAUUGAGGUAAGGACGAUUUUAUAAAUGCUCUGUUAGCAAGAUGGCUACAAUUACUGUAAAUUGCACCUGUCAGCAGUAACAGGUGUGUAACAUUUUCUGUGUUUUUUUUUUUUCAGGGCACAUUAACAAGAAAAUUUAGUUCCUGUUCAACAAUCUUCCUUGAUGACAGUACAGUUAGUCAGCCUAAUCUCAAGUCCACCAUCAAAUGGUAUAGUAAUGCUCUCACUGUUCAACAUAGAUUUCAACAUUUUGUCCAGGAAAUUCAAGAAAAACUACCUAUGUUUUUGUCAGCUUCUGACAUUUUACACUUAAAAAUGAAUACCAGUGUAGUUUAGUAGUAAUGUUAUUUUUAUGAUGCAAUAGUUAGCAUUUAUUUUAUUGUAUUUUAGGGACACUGUCAAAUGCCCAACUGUUCAUGCAACAUACCAAAUUGCAUUUCGGUAAACCUAACUUGUUUUAAGUUCAACUGUGCGGUCUGACAUCAAAGUUAACUCAAUUUUAGGUCAACGAGCAUGUUUGAUCCAUUUGAAGUUGGCAGAUACAUUGUAGAACAAGUUUGUUAAUCCAAACUCAGUCAGACAAACUUAGUGGUAACUGAGAGAGUGAUUGAGUGUUUAAAUGAUGCCAAGCUUGUCUUAUGCAGCUGAUUUAGUGUGUGUUCUGUAAAGGAGCAUGUUUCAUGAUCAGCGUGCAAAGAAAGUAGUGUCCGAUAGCCCGGGGUUAGUGGGUUUUCUAUCGGGCUAGUGAAUUCUGUUUUUAACUUGCCCAACAAGUGAUGUUUUUUGAGGAAUUCGAAUAACAGACGAACUGUGAAAUCAAUUCUGCUCAUCAAACACCUUUUGGGGCUAGUUGAAAUGAUGUCUGGGCUAGUAAAUGCUAGCUUCUGCUUGCCCGAAUGGCAAGCUAUAAUUUAAAUGAUUUUCUUUGCACCCUGCUGAUAAAUUAGUGUUGUGGUUUUAAAAGACAAUAUUUAUCUUUGUGACUUUGUUUUUCAGUGUGGCCUUAGCAAUAUAUUAUCAUAUAAAAAACAGGUGAGCAAUAUUAUAAAAGACCAAAGGGGUGUGUGGAUUAAGAUCCUAUAAGUAACUAAUUCUCCUUUUGUUGUGCAAGCAAAUACAAGGCAGUUUGGAAGGAGAACCUAGAAGUUGGUCAGAAGUCACUGUAGGCUUUUUUUGUGCACCCCCAUUAUUUUGAAGCUGAAGAUCUGCAUAGUGCUUAAAGAAAUAAUUUAAAAGUCAGACUAUAUUUUAUUAUGUAUGACUGACAACUUUUCUGGUUUGUCCAACUCUCCUAAUUAUGGUGACUUGGUCAAACAUGUAAACCUAAAAUAUGUCCUUUCUGAAAAGAUAAAUAAUAACCUGUGGAGACAAACUAACCAUUUCAAGGUUCAUAUGUGUCUGACUUCCUGUGUCCUGCUGGGAUCAGCACAAUAUUUUAGUUGUUUUACCUUAUUUUGAUUGUGUCUUAAAAAUUAGUAACAACUUUGUCAAAGUGAACAGUCAGAGUCAGUUUGAUAGUAUUUGAUACUAAUUUUCUUUUUUUUUUUUAUUGCAGAGACCGAGAUGUAAGGUCUCUUGACAUAUUUGAUGAAAAGGCGCAUCCACUCACGGUAUGGAAAGUGCCAUAACUCUAGUGUAUCUGAAAUAAACUUGCUGUUUUCUAUCAAAUGAAUUAUUAGUAAUAAAGGCAUCCAAAUUGGUCAAGAUACUUGACCUUCUAGGAAAUUUCUCACAUUAAUUUUUUCCAACACUGUCUAAUUCAAAAAAGGGAAAUAAAACUUUCCCUCCUUUAACCCCUCUAAACAAUGCUUUGCUACUGUUCAAGCUACCUGUUGGAAGCAAUAAAUAGCCUGCAACCAGGAAUGAAGGUUUGGGGGAGUGGCUUGAUCUGAUUGUUUUGUUCUCCAAACAAGUUUCCCAACAAUAAACACGUCUUAAAGGUAAAUUGGUGGCCAAUAACUUUUUCAGGACUGUCAUGGAGAUUUCUGCCAAGUAUUAGGUGGAGAAUUGAACAGCUAGGAAAUUCUUGUGGUUAUCUUUUUCUUUUGUUUGCAAUGUAAAUAUCCAGGGACAUGCUCAUAGUAGCCAGGGGAAAUCUCUCGUCCCCAGCCGUUAAAGACAGCUGCAGCUGGUUAGAAAGAAUGAAAAGGCCAAUGGUUUAAUGUCAGGUCAAUUUCCAAUUAAAUCCGAGUACCUCUGACAAAGAGCAAAUGCUUCAAUCAUCAGCUGUUAAAACCAAACUAAUAAAUUCGUGGAAUACCUCUCAGUUCAUGCAGUUCAUAGGUUUGUGGGCAAGUAAAAAGUAGGUACAGUAGUUUCCCACAAGAACCACAUAAAUGAAAGUUGUGUGAGAGAGCGCAGUGGUUUUUGUCUUUAUUUGAGAAGACUAGAAGGUCUAACCAUUUGCAGAUGUCAUUACAAAGGCACCACUUUCUAGUGAUAAAUUACUUUUUGUUUUCCUCUGCCCACCUCGAUUGGCCAAGCCAUUUGUAAGCAGAGGAUUUUUGUGUGCACAUAUGUUUUAAUUUAAUUUAAUUUAAUUUCUAACUUAUGAAGUUCAAUAAACUUCAAUAAACUUCAACUUCAACUUCAACUUCUUUUAAGUUAUUUAAAGCCCCAUACAUGUAGUGAUAGUCUGGCCGGGGUUUGAGCCCGCAACCUCCUGCUCAGCAGACUGGUGCUCUCUCAACUGAGCAAACGAGGUGGAGGUUGACAAGCACUUGUUUUCUUGUUCUUUUUAGCAUGAUCCUGUUCCAGAUUAUUAUGACAGAGUUGAUCCAGAACACAGACACAUAUAUAAGUUUAUAAAGACUCUCUUUCAUGCCGCACAACUAACAGCAGAAUGUGCAAUAAUUACACUGGUAAGACAAUUUUAAUAAACGUUUUAGGUUGUGGUGCUAAUAUACCGUAAACUGCUGCUUAUAACCCCCCCAGUUAUAAGCAGCCCCCACUUAUAAGCCCAUCUACUUAUAAAUAAAAAGGUUUCUUAUGUAUAACUGAAAUGAAAUUGAUUUAUUAUAACAUUUUGAAGCUCAAAAAAACAGAAAAUACAAAAAGUAUUUUGAUCAUCUCUCCCAUAGCUUGUUUCAAAGAGCUUUCUGUAUUCCUGUUAAAAGCUUCCUUAGAUCUAAGCCCCUCUGGUUAUAAGCCCUUCUAAAACCCCUUAUGAAAAUGUAUGGGUUCAUGGUUUACAGUAAGAGGAUAAGCAGCAUUUUUUGAAAGAUUUUUUAUUUUUAUUUUUGGUACAACCUGUAGGUUUAUCUUGAAAGACUUUUAACUUAUGCAGAGAUUGACGCAUAUCCUGGAAACUGGAAAAGAAUUUUGCUUGGUGCCAUUUUACUUUCCUCGAAAGUCUGGGAUGAUCAAGCUGGUAGGAUGCUCUAGCUUCUUUUUUCUUGUCGGCGUUAAAGCAAUCUUGUCUCCAUGUGAUUCUAGCCUUAGUGUGCUAUGAAAGUUGUGACUGAUAGCCCAGGGCAAUUGGAUUUUGUCAUUGGGCUAGUGAAUUCUAGUACUUUAAGACAAAUUUAAAAUUUCCAACAAAUUUGCAUGGAUCGAAAGCCCUUUUUCAAGCUCAUCAAACAAAAAAAUCUGUAAAAAGUAUUCAUUUGAAAUUUGAUUACAUCACUGGCAAACCAGGAAGUGGCUGCUGCCACCCUUAACUGUUUAGCCAGUUAAUUUCUGAGUAACACCUCUACACUUGAUGUAAACCUUCUUAAAAGGAUACAUGCUUAUCAGUCAUUUCCUUGACUCCCUGUAUUGGACGCCUUUCUAAGGUGGCCUUCUAAUGCCAUGCCCAUCCUUGUGCGUCUUACCACUUUACUAAUAAUUUAUUUGAAUUCGAGAACAUGGGAAGCAUUUACUCAAUCGUCCAAGCAAGAAUCGCAUGUCAGAGACACUCAACAUACUUAAAAAACUAACAAAGCAAUUUAUUAUCAUAUUGAAAAGUAAGAAAGUAUAUUAUCCUAAAAAUGGAAAAGUUUUAUAAGUUAGAGUUAAUUUUUUAUAGCCUUUAAAUUCUGUUAAUCUACGGUGUUUAACUGAGUUUUCUGGAUUGUUCCAGUAAUGCAAAACAAUGUAUGAAAACAAAUUAUGCAAAUCGUACCUAUCCUUGUGCGCCGUGGAAAGAGAUUACUGUUUAUUGUGCCGCGGUGAAGGAAUAUGUUAAUUUUUCCCGGUUUUCAAACCUGCUUAUUUUCAUUCAACAGUAUGGAAUGUAGACUAUUGCCAAAUUUUAAAAGACAUAACAGUGGAAGACAUGUAAGUUAUUUAUUGUCAUUUUUGUAGUUUUUGUUCUAGCUUGAGUACGCUUAAUGGGGCAAAACAAGAAAAAAAAAUGCUUUGAAAACCCGCAUUGCGUACUUUAGGUUUGCAUUGCCAGUGGGGCACUUAUACCUUUUUUAUCCUAGUAUUAGAGAAGUGGCUUUGCCUUACAAAAUUAUUGUUUUUUAGUGGGAAAGGGGGUACAUACAUGUAAAGACACCACCAGUUAGGAAGAGGGGGGGAAGGGACAAGCAGUUACUGGCGUCCUAUGAGCUCCCUCCCACCCCACCCCUUAUAAUGGCCGAAUUUAUACUAGAGACGAAUUAUCCGUCUAGACGGAUUAUCCGUCUCAGACGGCUAAGUGUCAAGUAUAAAUUCGGUGCUAACACGAAUUAUGGAGCAAAAUUUCGUUUCAGGCUGAUUCGUCUGUUUUACUUCUUGGAGACGUGCUAACAGGCGGAUAAUUCGUCUUAGACGAAUUGUCCGUCUCUAAAUUUACAUCUAGACGGAACGGAGACGGUUUUUUAUGAAGUUUCCACAUGAGAGGGACUGUUUCUAUAUUUUCGCAACUCGGCUCCUCAACACCGAACCACCCGUCGUGUAACCCGCGUAAAAUAUCUAGACGAAUUAUGGAGCAAAAUUCGUCUUCGGAUCUAUACUUAGACGAAUUAUCCGUCUGACGGAUAAUCCGUCUAUACGGAUAAUUCAUCUCUAGUAUAAAUUCGGCCAAUACUGUACAACACAAAUGAUUAACUAACUUGCAUUUCUCUUCACAGGAAUGAACUGGAAAGAGCAUUUUUAGAAUUAUUACAGUUUAAUAUCAAUGUACCAUCAAGUGUUUAUGCAAAGUAUUAUUUCGACUUGCGCUCACUCGCUGACGCCAAUGAUUUAGUUUUUCCCCUUGAGCCUCUAAGCAAGGAAAGAGCCAGAAAACUUGAGGUAAGCUUUCUCAGUCUUAUAAGUUCCUCCUGACUUUGACUUCGAAGAUCCCAUUUUCCUUGUCACUUUCAACAAAGUAUCUACGAACUUAUUUUAAACUCAUAGCGGAGCUCCCGCGCGCGAAGCGCGCGUGACGGAGCCCCAUUGCUAAGAUUAAUAUUGGUAACCUAUGAAAGCAAGAAAAUUUGGUUAUGACGUAGCGUACGAACGCCGACCGUCCGCACACCCACUUCAUGUAAGCCGAUGCCAAAUGUCAGGUUAUUUUGGCGGGAAAGCGUAUGGCCGCCGCGUCUUGUGAAGCAGAGACAAGUAAAGAGUCAAUAAAGACGAAAACGGAAAGCGGAAAUUGUUUCUGUAUCCUGUUGUCUAAAGUAUUAAGUUUCGAUUAAUUGUCAUGUCCACAAAUUUGGAAAAUCGAGGAAGAGAAAGACAGAGAAAAGAGAAAGUAAGGCGACAGGCCAGCGAAGCUCAACGAGAAAAAGAGCUAGAGAGAGAUACACAAAACAAAGGAGACGUUUUUUGUGGGAGGAACAACAUGAAAUUUUGUAGCGGCGGUGAGAAAAUGAAAAAUGCUAGCGGCCACCUAGGUGAAAAUGAGCGACAGUGGAAAAAAAGUGAACAAGAACACGUACGACAUUUCCUCCAUAAAACAUGUAACCAGAAAGCUUCUGGAAGUUUCACGUUGUAGUCGUGCAAAACAACGGCAAAGAAAUGUACAAAGAAAGUGUGCUGCACGUGCAAAGUUGCUUUUUUGCUAAUUAGACCUGUUUUUAUUUUUCACCGUUUUCGUUGCUUUCGCCGCUUACCAUUACACGAUUUUACAUUUUGUCACUUGAGCAAACUAUAGAUAUUAUCGGGAGCUUCGCUUUUAUCCGUGGCUAAAUCUAUAUAUUAUAACUCAUAACUCUCUAUAACUCAUUUUAAAGCCAACAUUGUUGAGACCUGGGCUUGGUGUCCUCAUUAGCGAGAGUUCGUGAUAGCGGGAGUUUAUUUCGAUCAAACAUCUGUAAUUUAUUUUCGCCUGGGAUUUAGCUGCUGUCCAUGUUAUCGGGGUGUCCGUUAUAGCGGGGUGUCCCCAAGGCGAGAGUUGACAGUAUAUAACUUUAGCACAGUUUUUAUUAAAAAGAAUGCAAACCUUUAUUUAUGACACCCCUUCUGUAGGCCGAAAAGAACAAUGUUAAUUGAAAUAAGCGCCGCUCUCGUACAAGCGCCGCACCUAUAACGUGGAAAAUAAAAAGCACCGCGGCGCUUAAAGGCCUGUUUUCAGUAGCGGCAAAGUCGGAGUCGUAAUCAGAAGCGUAGAGCUUAUGAUCUAGUGAAAACAGCGUUCCGAUUCCGCUUACGACUCCGUCGCUUACGUUCCGCUUAUGAUCUAGUGAAAACCAGAUUGUCGCAGUCGGAAGCAGAAGGAGAAGAACCAAACCAAUCUCAAAGCGUGGGAACGUGCAUUGUGAUUGGUUUAUCCUUCCGCUUCUGCUUCCGACUCCGACAAUCUGGUUUUCACUAGAUCAUAAGCGGAACGUAAGCGACGGAGUCGUAAGCGGAGUUGGAAGGAAAUGGAAACGUUCUGAUUCUUCUGACUCCGAUUCCGUCGCGCUUAUGACUCCGCUUACGACUCCGAUUAUUGAUUUUCACUCGGUCAUAAGCGCUCUUACGACUCCGCUUACGGCUCCGAUUGUUGAUUUUCACUAGGUCAUAAGCGCUCUUACAACUCCGCUUACGACUCCGAUUAUUGAUUUUCACUAAGUCAUAAGCGCUCUUACAACUCCGCUUACGACUCCGAUUAUUGAUUCUCACUAGGUCAUAAGCGCUCUUACGACUCCAACUCCGGCUCCGUCGCUAGUGAAAACCAGCCUUAAUCGAUCAUUUACGGUAGUUCAUUUUUUUCUUUUUGCAGGCGCUUUCAGUUACCGAUGAUGACCGUUUUCGAGAUUUAAAUCCCUCCAACUUGUACCGCUCUAAGAGCGCGGAUGCAGUUACACCUACUCGAAAAAACAUGGCUAUCAUCUCGUGACGGAUAGUAGGGUGAAAUUCGCACAGAUUGUAGAUUGAUCAAAAGGAGAUCAUGUCGAGACUGAUGACUUGUACAAAGUUUCCUUUCGGAACGUGAAAGGGCACAGAAAGGACUAGCAGACGACGCUGGCGUGACUACCAGGGUGAGUUGCGUGACAAGCCCUAAAGACGACGUUCUUGUAACAAAGAUAGUGCAAGAAAUUAGAAGCGGAAGAAUGCUGGAUGUAAAACAAGUUAUGGCUGGAAUGACCAGUCUCCUAAACAAGGGAACAAGGCAUGUAGAAAAGCCAUGGAACAUAGUAAGUUUCGUUUAGAAAAACUCAAGAACAAUAAGCUCACUGAAAAACGCAACACACUGCUGGCGUGACAAGGUGGUAAUCAAUUUUUGGCAAUGCCCUCUUCACGAAAGCUUCGAUGACAUCUUUAUUGCCACACGAUAACAUCAAUCUGAUCGUAGACAGCACUUCCAAAAAACAGUGCACUUUAUUCGCUGUUUUAGAUUUUAGUCGUUGGAGAAGUCAAUCUCUUUCUUCUCUAAAAGGUGAUCUGAGAGUUAAAAAGGCUAUUCUGUAAAAAGAACAACUUUAAUAUUGAGAGUCGCGCGAGGAAAAUAAUAGCCGCGCUGCCUUCACUCGCGUCAUUAGACUCGAUUUCCGCGCUUCUGUUAACCUGGGCUUGUGUCUAAGACGCAGGCGCCGGUUUUUUUUAAAGCGAAGGUAAAAAUUUCGAGGACCCACGCGCGCACGAGGGGAGAAAAGGAGAGGAGGCCACCCUCCAUUGCGUGUUCCCCUCGCGCGUUCUAUAAAUACUAGCUGAUGCCUGUUACGCAGGCUAUUUUUCUAGAGGGUCCCAGACAGGUUUUUGGGGAUUCGGGAUUUGCCUCGUUUGAAGGCCGCGAUUCCUUGCCGGAAAUAACUAUUGGGAUUACUAGAUGAGGGAAAAUUUGGGUCGGGAUGACAGGUAACCCUUGAAGUCCCAAUUAUGACCGACAUCAAUUUUCUCCUAACAAUAUCCAUACAUUGUCAAGAAAUAAGGUUAUGAGAAUUAACAAUUGAUCACUCAAGAGAAAAUGCCUUGAUCUUUUCUUAAAUUCUCUCAACUAAUUCUUUAAGGAAGUGUAUGGAGAUCAGUUUGGAGAAUUUGUAUGUUUAUAUUGGGCCUUAAAGGGUUAAUAAACCCUAUUGGGGAUACUCUUUCUAUUGGUAGCUACGUCUUCUAAACCGCCGUCAUAGGGUCGUCGCGUUACGCUCCGCUUUCGACAGUGUUCGCAGGGUCAUGGAAUAAAUUGAAAAUUCAUGGAAUGUCAGGAAAGUAAGUCAGAGAUUUCCUUGAAACUGUAACAAAUAUAUUAAAAUGCUGAAGACAGCUACUCAACCGAAGGUUGUGGAAAACUGAAAAAGGUCAUUCAUGGAAAGUUAUGAAAUUUGAAAAGCUGAAGAAAGAACGAUUUCUGCACGACCCAAAUAACGGCCGUGAGCGAUCAAAGCCUGCAAAAUUUUAUGCUUCUUUAAAGGCAAAGGUUAUGAUAGAAAGAGUAUGCCCUUCUGCGCAGAAGCGCGGCCUUAUCCUUCUGAACAUCGCAAUAAUCAAGUAUAACCAUUUACGAUAAGAUUCUUAUCGAUACAUAAGCGAGUAAAAACUAGUGAGAAACGCUAGUGUCCCCAAGCUCGUAACAUGACGGUGAACACUGUUGCGAAACGUUCGAAAUGUUAGGAUUUGCAUGGGGGAGCAAUAACUUUUUCCCUAAGUCGAUUUAUAAAUAUUUAGGCUGCAAUCUUUCUCGCCAUACACAUUAUUGAAAGGUUACCUAACAGUUACCAUCGCUCAUAUCCGGAGCUUGGGUUACCUGUGGAAAAAAACUGGUGUUCCGGUGUCAUCGAUAACCUAUUGGUAGAUUCAUUUCCAAGUUCCCUUUUCAACGAUGUGUUGAUGACACCGAAACGUCGAUUUAUCUCGCCAGGUUUUACUUUUUUACGUUAAGAUUGCAUUACUAAUUUUUUAAUUCGCAGUGUCAUACUCAAACAGUUUUCUCUAUUCUUCCUUAACAUUCGUAGAGUUUCGAAAUAUUCCUCUAUCGUUAACGCAAGGCUCCAGGGAGGCGAAACGUGCGAACAUCGAAAAUACGCCGCUCUCAUUUUGCUAUUCCUUUAAGCUCAGCCGAGUUGCUGAUUUCUACCUCUCUUUUCUAUUCAUUUUACCGUACGAUAUUUUCUCAAUUAAACUCUGGGUGUAAGAGAGGAGGUUGUAAAAAAACACUCACCGACAUAUAUUUAUGAACGUCUAGAAUGUAUGAUGGAGUCUUGCAAUUUGGUUCUAACUUUUGAGUCUGUGGACUUAAUCGUUAAGUGUGACCAUUCAAAUGAAAGCUACUGAGCAGUACUUUCCUGUGGUAUUGUUUAUUAUGCUGUACGAGGUGGUUCUAACUUUUGAGUGUUUGGACGAAAUCCCAUGGUGUGACCAUUCAAAUGAAACCUCUUUGUCAGCACUUUCACGUGGUGCUAUUUCUUUUUCAGCAUUUUACAAAAUGAAGUUUGGAAAUGUGUCAAAUUUUGGCUUCGCGAUCUCGCGGAAGUAUAGAGUAAAAUACAUGGCUACCAAAGGGACCCAAAUACGCUUCAGAAUCAAACAAACGUCGAGUCUCCCGAGCCGGGAACGUUUAAUCGAGAAAAUAUGGAAAUAAUCAAUCACAUCUGUUGUUUUUAGAACAAAUGAUCAGAAGUAUC